AUGUCAUUUGAGGAGGUUAACGAACAAAAAGAGCUGACCGAAUCGGAACUUCGCCAGCAAGUCAUGGCACGAAUAGGAGCAGAGAAGCAGCUGCAGGCUGCCGAAAAAGCUUUGGAACACUUGGAAAUGGCGCUCAAGAUGACUGGUGCACAGAUGACGGAGUUGCAGGAGCACAUCAUGCCUGACGUUCACAAACUGCGAGAAUACUUCGAACAGUGUGCUCAUGAAGCUCAAAUGGAAGCAAACCGUACAGGGAUCAUGCGGCAGGCCAUCUACGCGAGGAAGUCGAUUCGAAGGUCAAAGAGAAAUAUUCGCUCAUCAUUCCGACGACAGUUGUCCGUCAGAGAAAAAGAAGAACAACAAGGCAAGGAUCUCAACGACAACGCUCUAAUAAAGAUCUAA